GAAAUAAAGUGAGAAGGUGAUGCAGCAUAAAAAGCUGCAUUUUUUUCGGGAAUCUUAUAGUCACGAAAUAAGUAAGAAAAUAAGAACAUUCGAUGCAGCCAACGCAGCACACACUAUUUUGGAAAUAAGAGCGCGAUGUUUUAUGGGCGGCCGUGCCAGCGGCGGAGGACUCGUCCAUCACACUCAGUAAGAUGAAGGGCCACUGGAAGGCUGCGAGUGCCUGCAAAGCCCCAGCGUGAGGGCGGCGGCGGCAAUGGCGGAGGUGGUGUGCCCCACGCCAUGCAUGUAUACGGUCGCCCGUCACGUCCAGCUCUUCAAAACAUGAGGCUCAGGAAAGUGAAUAUUUUUUACCUUAACGGCGUUCACUAAGUAAAGUGGGUAAGCUUUACACCACACUGUAACUGUUUUAUUCAAGGAUGUGAGACAGUGAGUAUGUCUCAGUUUUUUGUGAGUGAUCAAUCUCGACGAGCAAGAAUUCAGUCGUUCGUGUCCUUUAAUUUCGAUAUCUGAGCGGACAACACCAUCUCUGCCACGAGAUUAGAAGUUUCCACCUGUCCAGGGAGAGGACCUGAGAGCAGUCCAAGAUGAGCUCAGCGGACGCCAGUGACGGGGAGGAGGCGACGGCCGUGGCCAUGAAGGCGCUGGAGGACGCGAUGGGCCAACAGGGCCACGACAACGCCUCCUUCAGUGACGCCUUCGAGAACCGCCCACACAGCCACAGCCACAGCGAGGCGCGCAAGGGUGGGGCGAGUUUUACUUCAGUGGGUCACCAACAGCCGCAGAAGGAGGACCUCAGCAUCCUCUCCUUCCUCCCGGACUUCCCCCGCGCCAGGAGAAAGGCCGCCAAGGUGUACGCGUGGCGGCGCGUCAUCACCUCCCUCACCGUGCUCGCCGCCUACGUCGCCUACGUGAUCGCCGUGCUCGUCAUAAAAACGGAGGCAGAGAAGGUCCAAUAUUGGUGCAGCGCCGAUGGCCUGGUGAUCGUCAUCACAACCUUCAUCUUCGUCGGACUCGUGUAUUAUCUGAUUCUAAAAGGGAUUUUUGGAAAGGUGUUGAACAGGAAGCUCAUCGCUCCUCUCGACGCCUUCGGGGACAACCUCACUCGGGUCAGGUGGGUGCCGUGGGUCAUGUUCGCGGUGCUAGUGGCGGGCGCGCUCACCUUCAUCGGCGUGGACUCGCGGAAUGAGCCGAUCCGCUUGCAGUCCCUGAGCGGCGUGGUGGUGCUGCUCUUCCUGGGCUUCGUCUUCUCCGCCGCCCCACGAAAGGUGAGGUGGCGACACGUGGCUUGGGGCGUCUCACUGCAGUUCCUUCUCGGCCUCCUCAUCCUCCGCUGGCCCUUCGGACAGGAUGUUUUCUCGUGCCUGUCUGACAAAGUGACCACCUUCCUCGACUUCACUGACGCUGGCUCGGAGUUCAUCUUCGGGGACCUGGCGCACUGGGAUCCAUCUAUAUUUGCCUUCUCGGUACUGCCGGUGAUCCUGUUCUUCAGUUUCUUCAUCCAAAUCCUGUACUACUACGGCGUGAUGCAGUGGGUGGUGGUCAAGCUGGGCUGGUUCCUGCAGGUCACCAUCGGCACCACCGCCUGCGAGAGUGUCAACGCAGCCGCCAACAUCUUCCUCGGCCAGACGGAGGCGCCGCUGCUCAUCAAGCCGUUCAUCCCUUCCAUGACCAAGUCGGAGCUGCACGCUGUCAUGACUGGAGGGUUCGCCACCAUCGCAGGUUCGGUCCUCGCCGCCUACAUCAACUUCGGCGUCGAUGCCGUCCAUCUGAUUUCCGCCUCUGUCAUGAACGCUCCUGCGGCUCUUGCCCUCUCCAAGCUCUUCUACCCAGAGACAGAGGAAUCCAAAACCACAACCAAAGACAUCAACAUAGAGGGAGGAGAGGAAGCCAACUGGCUGCACGCCGCGACGGUGGGGGUCACCAACGCCAUCCCCCUCGUGGCCAACAUCGCCGCCAACCUCAUCGCCUUCAUCUCCUUCAUCACAUUUGUCAAUUACUUCUUCAACUGGAGCUGCAUGCUGGUCGGGGCCGAGGAGGAUGUGUGUACCUUGCAGAACGUCCUCGGCUACGUGUUCAUGCCGCUGGCCUGGGUGAUGGGCGUGGAGUGGGAGAUGUGCCGCACGGUGGGCCAGCUGGUCGGCCUCAAGAUUGUGGUCAACGAGUUCUACGCUUACGCGGAGUUGUCAAAGCUGGUCGAGGAGGGAACAAUUUCGAAACGCGCGGAGAUCAUCGCGACGUACGCCCUGUGUGGCUUCAGCAACAUCAGCUCCAUCGGCAUCAACCUGGGAGGCUUCGGGGCCAUGGCACCCUCCAGGCGUGCCGACCUGGCCAAGGUGGUGGUGAGGGCCAUGAUCACCGGCAGCUGCGCCUGCUUCCUCACCGCGAGCAUUGCAGGUUCGCUGCUGUCCGCGGAAGAGGUGGACGAGACCGCCUUUUACCGGCGGCACCUGGCCUCCCUUGGCACGAUGCGAACGGCGAUCUUGCACUAGCCAGGCACCCCAGGGCACACCCAUACAGCUUUACGUACACUCAAGGACUACUAAUAUAUUCACGUAUAUUAUACGGCAUGAUGGUCUCUUAAAUUAAGACGAUUUUAUGGUAAUUAUAAAAGUCAAUAAAAAUAUCAAAUACAAA